UAUAGUGCAACCAAUGGUCAAAAUGUUUCUUUAUAAAAGUGUCACUUUACUUACCUUCCUCUUAAUCGGCACAGCCUUAAGCCAAAAUUCCACGUCAAGUGUCGACUCCAGCCGAAACCACACCCUCAGCGAGUUCGUGGUGGGUGGCGGCGAUGCCGGUCCCACCCCCUACCAGGCGUCCCUCCAGCGGCACAGGAGUCACUUUUGCGGUGGAACCAUCAUCGAUUCGCGCUGGAUCCUAACGGCCGCGCACUGUUUGAGUGAGUUACGCCCGAGCGAUGUGACGGUCCUGGUGGGAACGACCCAGCUCAGUCGGGGUGGCUUCCGGUUACGGGCGGACCAGUUCUUCCAGCAUCCGAGCUGGGACCGGACGAAGGCGUUGAACGAUAUUGGGUUGGUUCGGGUAAAGGGGCUGAUGCUGACAAUGCGCGGGAAGGUCGAGAAGGCCACUUUCGGAGGGGAUUUUGUGCGGUCGGGAACGGAAGCGACUGUAACGGGAUGGGGAGGAACGAGGCAAAACGGGGGACCACUGUCGGACAAGUUGCAGUUUGUGCGGGUUCGCGUUUUGGGCGAGCAGGACUGUCAGGCUCGGCUGGACAACAUCGGGCCGAUGCACAUCUGUACGUUCAGCAGGGAGGGACAGGGCGUUUGCGGGGGCGACUCGGGUGGCCCACUGGCCAGCAGCGACGGAACCGUGAUCGGCGUGGUCAGCUUCGGCGUCGGCUACCCACCGGACAAGAGCUGCGCCGCCGGGCUGCCGGACGGUUUCGCGCGGGUUUCACACUUCAACAGCUGGAUUAGAGACACCAUGAAAAGUCGGCGGUUCGGAUGAUUUAGUCAACAACAAAAUGUUUGUGAUUUGAAUGCAGUGGAAUACAAUAUGUAUGUUUGAUGUUUA